GGUCGUCUAGUUGGGCAUCAGGCUGUGAUGACAUACACUGCCGCACGACCAAUCUCGCGUUUGAAAUCAGUUGACAGGACUCGCAGCUCUGGUCAGCGCCAGGUACUCUCUGUAUGUUUACUUGGAGGAGGGUACGAGCUCAGAGAAGCGCGAGCUCAAGGCAAGCGCUGUGCUCCGGUUACCAGUGGCGAUGAUAAAGCUAUUCAGUCAGCCGCGGGCGAAGCACAGAGGACAGAAGAACGGCGGCUGAAGAAAUCAAAACUAAACCUCUGUGAAGAGACGUCGCUUUUUGAUAAGUUAAAUAUUGUAUUAUUAAUUUUUCAUAUAUAUAGUAAUAUUAUAUUUCAAGACUGAGCGCUCGAAUUGCCUGUUUUUUCCUGUGGCAGCUAAGUAUGUGUACAGGGGGAGAGGCAUUCUUGUGGUUGAUAAAAUGCUAAGCUCCACACCUCUGCUCUGCCUCCACCAGCUGCACCAAAGCCCUGUGUGAUGUGGAGCGGGACGCCUGCAUACUAAUGGUGCCCGAACAGGGUGCUUCUCAGGCAGACUAAUGCAGGAGGAGCAGCGUGCCUCUCAGGUAGGCCAAUGCAGGAGGAGCAGCGUGCCUCUCAGACUUAUUCAGCAGAAUUGUGAGAAGAGAGAAAAACACGUGAGUGGAGGAAGAGGACAACCCUGAACAUCCCCUGGCCCCCUUCUGAAACGCACACACACUUGCAAUCAUUGCGGACUGCUCGCACACUCACACUAACUGUGGAUGGACUGCAGCUCUUGAAAAAAAACACUACAGGCAGGGAGGACACUGAUGCCCAUGACCCCACACCUAUCCUCCAGGCUGUCCUCAGGAACCCUGCCUCUCCUCUAAGUUCAGUGUGACCAGACAGAGAGCAGACAACAUGGCUCCAAGCCCCCUCCUCUGGCCCCCGCUGGCAUGGCUGUGUGUGGGGCUGCUGUUGCCCCUGGUGCAGGGCGGGGAGUGCCCGCGGCUGUGUGUGUGUGAGGUGCGCCCCUGGUUCACCCCCCAGUCCACCUACAGGGAGGCGGCCACGGUGGACUGCAACGACCUGCGGCUGACACACAUCCCCUCCAACCUGUCUUCUGACACCCAGGUGCUGCUGCUCCAGAGCAACUCCAUCGCCCACACCAGCGGGGAGCUAGAGGCCCUGUUCAACCUGACAGAGCUGGACCUGUCCCAGAACAACUUCAGCACAAUGGAGGCUGUGGGCCUGGCCAACAUGAACCAGCUUACCACCCUUCACCUGGAGGAGAACCAGAUUAGCCAGCUGCCUGACCACUGCCUGCAGGACCUCAGCAACCUACAGGAGCUCUACAUCAACCACAACCAGAUCAGCACCAUCGCCCCCGGGGCUUUCUCCGGUCUGCAUAGCCUGCUGCGCCUCCACCUCAACUCCAACAGGCUCCGAGUUAUCGACAACCGCUGGUUCGAGGCAACGCCCAACCUGGAGAUCCUGAUGAUCGGAGAGAACCCUGUCAUUGGCAUCCUGGACAUGAACUUCAAGCCACUGGGGAGCCUGAGGAGCCUGGUCCUGGCCUGCAUGGACCUCACUGACAUUCCUGGGAAUGCUCUGGUGGGCCUGGAUAACCUGGAGAGCCUAUCCUUCUACGACAACAAGCUGGUCCGGGUGCCCCAGCUGGCCCUGCAGAAAGUGCCCAACCUGAAAUUCCUGGACCUGAACAAGAACCCAGUGCACAAGAUCCAUGAGGGAGACUUCAGGAACAUGCUGCGUCUGAAGGAGCUUGGUAUCAACAACAUGGCUGACCUGGUAUCCAUCGACUGUUACGCCCUGGACAACCUGCCUGAGCUAACCAAGCUGGAGGCCACUAACAACCCCAAGUUGUCCUACGUGCACCGGAUGGCCUUCAGGGACGUGUCAUCCCUGGAGAGCCUGAUGCUAAACAACAAUGCCCUCAACUCUGUCUACCAGCACACCGUUGAGGCGCUGCCCAACCUCCGCGAGAUCAGCCUGCACAGCAACCCACUACGCUGCGACUGUGUCAUCCAGUGGAUGAGCUCCAACAGGACCAGCGUGCGCUUCAUGGAGCCCCUGGCUAUGCUGUGUACCUCGCCGCCCGAGCUCCGGGGCCAGCGGGUCAGAGAGGUGAAGCUGCCGGACUCCCCAGAGCAGUGCCUGCCCUUCAUCUCCCAGGACACCUUCCCCAGCCACCUGAGCCUUGAGCUGGGCAUGAGUGUCAGCCUGGACUGCAGGGCUAUUGCUGAGCCCGAGCCAGAGAUAUACUGGGUGUCUCCUAUGGGGAGCAAGAUAACAGUGGACACGGUGUCGGAGCGGUACCACCUGAGCAGUGAGGGCACCCUGCGACUGUCCCACGUCCAGGUGAAGGACUCCGGUCGCUACACCUGCAUAGCCCAGAACACAGAGGGCGCCGACACACGCGUCACCACCAUCCGCGUCAAUGGCACCCUGCUGGACAGCGCCGAGGUGAUGAAGAUCUACGUCAAGCAGACCGAGUCCCACUCCAUUCUGGUCUCCUGGAAGAUCAACUCCAACGUCAUGACCUCCAACCUGAAGUGGGCAUCGGCCACCAUGAAGAUUGACAACCCCCACAUCACCUACACUGCACGCGUGCCCGUCGACGUGCACGAGUACAACCUGACCCACCUGCAGCCGGCCACCGAGUACGAGGUGUGCCUCACUGUUUCCAACAUUCACCUGCAGACCCACAAGUCGUGCGUCAACGUGACCACGCGCAGCGUCACCUUCACCCUGGACGUGUUGGACCAGAGACCUAGUGCCGCCCUGUUCGCCGUCAUGGCCACCAUGCUGGCCUUCCUCAGCCUGGCUACUGUGGGGGUGUAUGUGGCCCGGCGCUGGAAGAGGAAGAACUACCACCACUCCCUGAAGAAGUACAUGCAGAAGACCUCCUCCAUCCCCCUCAAUGAGCUCUACCCGCCCCUCAUCAACCUAUGGGAGGCAGACAGUGAGAAGGACAAGGAGGGCGGUACAGAUAGCAAGCCCUCCCCCGUGGACACCACACGCAGCUACUACAUGUGGUGAAGCAGGCCUGGCCCAGGCCACCCCUCCACCAGCACACACAGACACACUUUUGCCAUUUUGGUGCAAAAGUCAUAUAAAAGUCAUAAAACAUUUGUUUUUGUAUUUUUCUGCUUUGCUAACACAUGGCAGAGUGAUAAAGGACAGGAUUUUUAUUAGUAUAGCGUAUCGCCUUUGUUUGACUCUCUCUUUUUCUCUUUUAUCGUUUGGACUAUUCCAAGAUGGCAGCUGUGUCUAGCUUCCAGAUUGUCUUAGUUGCUGCAUUUUAUUUCUGUGAUGCCUUUUUGAUAGCACAGCUUUUUGUCUUGUUGCUGAUGCAGCAACAGGUACUAUUAGUCUAGGUAAAGAUUCCCCUGGCAAUUUUAGGGAUUGCAGUGCUUAUUCUCUCCUUUUGUAAAUCAGGUCAUCUGUUGUGCACUGAAAUGUAAAUGAGUUUGUAUGGACUUCAAUUAAAAGCUGACUGAGGGGAUUAGACUUCGUAUACUGUCUACUGAAUAACUCUAGCGAUUGUACGGUAAUGUUGAAUCAACUAUCAUUUUAAACUAUUUUUUUGUAAUUAGUUUGCUGAUAAAUGUGCUGUAAAACUAGAAAUGUGAAUGUUUGAUAACAUAACUAGGUACAGUAGUAGCUUUUUUUAUUUACUCUUCAAUUAUUUAUUUCUUAUUUGCUCAAGUCUGUUGCUGAACACUUACAUUUGUUGUGAUUUUAACAUGCAAAAUGUUGUAUAUGAGGAAGAAGUUUAAAUAAAUAACAUUUUUGUUUUUUUAAUA